CAUUGACUCUUCUUUUUUAAUCUGAGAGCGACGAAAGAGAGAGAGAGAGAGAGAGAGCGAGAGAGAAAGAGAGAGAGAGAGAGAGAGAGAGAGAGAGAGAUCAGUGGGAAAGAGACGGACUCCGCCUUUGUCGUCGCCCAAUACCGAGCCCCCGGUUCAGUGAAGGGGGAAAUCACAGAUCUGCUAGCUAAUGCCGGAGUCCCUCUGUUUGCGUCGUCUCCGGGCGUAGAGAUGAUGGGCUUCCCGUAACUGGAGGUGGAGGGGAGAGGCGGGGGGUGGGGUAGCGAGAAAACAGGAGGGGUGGGUUGAAAAAAAAAACACGAAGAGAAACAAAAGCACAGUUGUGGGUUCCUGAAACCAUGCGAGAUUUGCACUAUUCUCAAAGACCAUUGCUCUAUCCGUGGACCAUGUCGUGAGGUGUGGCUCCAGCGCUCGGGAUACUGCCAAUAGAUACGCCUGGGAGCGGGGCAAAAGAUGUCCGCCUCGGUAGGGGCCCAAAGCGGCCCUCGCCCACCCACCGUGCCGGCUCCCAUGCCCGAUAUGCCGGACCUGAGUCACCUCACGGAGGAGGAAAGGAAAGUCAUCAUGGCAGUGAUGGUUCGGCAAAGGGAGGAAGAAGAGAAGGAACAAGCCAUGCUAAAGACACUGCACCAGCAGUUUGAGAGUUAUAAGGAGCAGGUGAGGAAGAUUGGGGCAGAAACCAAACGGCAGCAGGCUGUCCAUAAAGAUGAUGCACCUACCUGUGGCAUCUGCCGUAAGACCAAGUUUGCAGAUGGCUGUGGGCAUCUGUGUUCCUACUGCCAGACCAAGUUCUGCGCCCGCUGUGGGGGAAGAGUGUCGCUGCGCUCAAAUAACUGUCUCAUAGGGAAAGACAGGGUGAUGUGGGUAUGUAACCUGUGCAGAAAACAGCAAGAAAUCCUAACUAAAUCAGGAGAAUGGUUUUCAUCAGGGCCUGGGGGGAGGCCUCUUAGUGUUGGCGCUCCCCUCAGUGUCCCUGAGUUGGAGAAGGACAGGAAGUUGCGCUCCAGAUCACAGGCUCCGGUUGCUAACAACACUCUGCCACCCAGCACUGGUGCUGGUGACCCCACCAAGGGAGCAGAUACGAUGCCCACUUCACGCUCCCGCAGUGAACCACCACGAGACAAGAAGAGACCAGUGUCCCUGCACGAGCAGAAUGGGAAGGUGAUGGGACGUGGAGAGAGAAGGCGAGGCCCAGGCCGGUUGUCAUCACAGGCCUCUGAAGACCGAGCUCCAGGUGAGAAGCGUGACAGCAGGCGAUUGGAGAAAGUCCACUCGCAGGAAUAUCCAGAAGAUGAGCCCACCCAUCCCGAGCGGCGAAGGAGACAGGAAGAGGAAGAGCGAGAGCGUCAAAGACGAGAGGCAGAGUAUCAGACUCGGUACCGCAGUGACCCGAACCUUGCACGCUACCCUGUCAAACCGCAAAAGGAGGAACAGGAAAUGCGUAUGCAUGCCAAAGUGUCCAAAAUGCGUCAGGAGCGUCAUCACAGUGACCAAGCCAUCAACGAAGUUGGAUUAAUGCAAGAUGGGGGUGAGGCAGCUGGAAAUCGAAUGAGCAGGCAACGAGUGGCUAACAACGAAGACCGCAAGGCUCUUUUAGAAAACCAUCGAGCUUAUUCUGUGGACAGGACCGUGGGGGGUGGCAUUGGGGGACAAGGAUCCCUCGCUAAACAGGGUCACGGUGGCCCUCAAGUGGGCCCUACUGGGCCCCCAGACCUCAGGGAUGGAAAGGACUGGGGCCCAAAAGGGUAUCUGGAACCUGGGUCCGCAGCUUUUCUGCACAGGGCUAAGCGGGAAAAGGCUGCAGAAAUCAUGCGUAAAGAUUCUUCUCUUAGCUCUGACCAAUCUGAGUCAUUACGGCCACCUCCACCUAGAGCCUAUAGACCCAAACGAGGCCUCAACAAAAGGCAGAUGUCCAUCAGUAGCUCGGAAGAAGAGGGCGGCUCCACGCCUGAAUACACCAGCUGUGAGGAUGUGGAGAUUGAAAGUGUUAGUGAAAAAGGUGACUGGGACUGUCAUCCGCUGGACCCAACUGUGUGGCAUCAUCCAGUGAGCUGGCAGCCAUCCAAAGAGGGAGAUCAUUUGAUUGGCCGCAUCACUCUAAGUAAGCGCUCCACCAUGCCACGAGAAGCCGGUUCCCUGCUGGGUCUGAAGGUGGUUGGUGGAAAAAUGACAGAGGCAGGGAGACUGGGGGCCUUUAUCACCAAAGUAAAGAAAGGAAGUUUGGCUGACAUUAUAGGCCAUUUACGAGCAGGCGAUGAGGUGUUACAGUGGAAUGGAAAGGCGUUGCCUGGAGCAACUAAAAAAGAAGUGUACAACAUUAUUCUGGAGUCCCAGUCAGCACCUCAAGUGGAAAUAGUUGUUUCCAGACCAAUUGGAGAUACUCCAAGACUUCCAGGAACAUCACAUCCUCCUCUAGAAUCAACUGGUUCGAGUUCUAUAGAUGAAUCCCAAAAGAUGGAGCGUCCAUCCAUCUCUGUAAUGUCACCGACUAGUCCUGGGAUGUUGAGAGACCUCCCUCUGGUACUGCCAGGCCAGCUGUCGGUGAAAUUAUGGUAUGAUAAAGUGGGCCAUCAGCUUAUUGUCAAUGUCCUACAAGCACGAGAACUGCCCCCUCGACCAGACGGACGACCCAGAAAUCCCUACGUCAAAAUGUAUUUUCUUCCUGAUAGAAGUGACAAGAGCAAGAGACGGACAAAAACGGUGAAGAAGAGUGCAGAGCCAAAGUGGAACCAGACGUUCCUGUACUCUCACAUCCACCGCAGAGACUUCAGAGAGCGCAUGCUGGAGAUCACUGUUUGGGACCAGCCCAGGGUCCAGGAGGAAGAGAGUGAAUUUCUGGGAGAGAUUCUGAUCGAGCUGGAAACAGCUCUAUUGGAUGACCAGCCACACUGGUACAAAUUGCAGACCCAUGAUGUGUCAUCCCUACCAUUGCCCCAGCCGUCCCCAUGCCUCCCUCGCAGACAUGUUCAUGGAGACAGUCCAAGUAAAAAACUGCAAAGAUCUCAUCGCAUCAUUGAAACAGAUUAUGAUGAUGGUAUAACGGUAGUGUCCACAGCAGCAGAGAGGAACUCCAGGGACAGGGAGAGGUCAAGCACACUGACCGUACCUGAGAGACAGGCAGCCAUACAGCAUCGCUCGCGGUCAGUGUCCCCACACAGAGAAGACCAAUGCAGAGCCCGCUCUCGACCUGCACACGUCCCUAUGCAGAGGAGUCUGGAUGAGAUCCACAAAAACCGCCAUCAUUCCUAUUCUCCCUCUCACUACCACGACUCCCACCAGGAACAUCGCUCUGGAGAUUCUGACUAUGAAUAUUCAGAGGACAGUGAGGUCCUGGAGAUGCACAGAUCAAUCCGAGGUGGGAGUGCUGAGUGCCUGCAUACAAACAGUGAUCUUCAGCCUUCAUUAGACAGAGUAAGAAGUGCCAGUACAACUUGUUUGAGACCGGAGUCAAACUUCCACUCAUCUGAAAGAGAAAGUCAUUUUCCAUCUCACAGGCAUUCUGGUAAUUUGGAUAGGCCAAGCUGUCAGAUAGCUAACAAGAAAACCAUUGAUGGCGACAGAGAACCUCGGCAUGGUGGACAUUAUUCCCCGGCAGGGACCACUUUAUUAGGGCGCAGGGGCAGACAGCUACCACAACUCCCUGCAAAGAGCAGCAGUAUAGAGCAAGACCAUGUCAACAGUAAACCUGAGGAGAAACCUAAGUCAGCACUAGCAGUGGAAGAGCGAGCUCGUCAGUUGCAAAUGAAAGUACAUUCCUAUCGGCCAGGCUCUUCUGCCAGCUCUGGUCAUGACCCAGAGGCAGAGCUCAAAAACAAGAGAGAUAUGUAUAAGGAACAGAAGAGGAGUAGUGAUAACAUGUCUGCGAGGUCAUCAGACAGUGACAUGAGCGAUGCAUCAGCUAUCUCCCGUGCCAGCAGUGCCUCACGGCUGAGUGCCACCAGCUACAUGUCCAUCCAGUCUGAGAGACCACAUGGUAGAAUCAGUCGACAAGUCAGAGCCUCAUCUGGUCGAAGCAUGCUAAAGAGCACAAGUGUUAGCGGUGACAUCAACACGUCAGAGCGAACAGAUGGCAGCCAGUCUGACACUGCCCUGGGAACAGUUGGAACCGGAGCCAAAAAGCGGCGCUCCAGCCUCAAUGCUCGAUUCGUGGCUAUCGUGGGAAACCGUCGCAGCCGGAGCACCUCACAGAUCAGUCAAACGGAGGCAUCCAGUAAGAAGUCAAAGGGCAGUCAAGGGACGAUCCAGCGCAGUCAGGAGACGGGAAUGGCUGUGGAAUUGCAGAGGAAUAUGAGUCGUCAACCCAGCCGUGAAUCUAACAACGGAAGCAUGAACAGCUACAACUCUGAGGGCAGUCCAAUCUUCCCAGCAGUUCGAGUCGAGACUCAGUUCAGUGACUUCCUGGAUGGACUGGGCCCUGCUCAACUAGUUGGUCGACAAACCCUUGCCACACCAGCAAUUGGUGACAUUCAAAUUGGCAUGGUGAAUAAGAAAGGCCAGCUGGAGGUGGAGGUGAUAAGAGCACGAGGUCUCAUCCAAAAACCAGGGUCCAAAUCACUCCCCGCUCCAUAUGUCAAAGUCUAUCUUCUACACAAUGGGGCCUAUGUAGCUAAGAAGAAGACAAAAAUUGCACGCAAGACACUCGACCCGCUGUACCAGCAAACGCUGCAGUUUGAAGAAAGUCCACAGGGUAAAGUGUUACAAGUAAUUGUCUGGGGAGAUUAUGGGCGAAUGGACCACAAAUCCUUCAUGGGAGUUGCACAAAUCCUACUAGAGGAGCUGGACCUCUCCAGUAACGUGAUUGGCUGGUAUAAACUUUUCCCGCCUUCUUCCCUAGUCGACCCAACUCUUGCCUCUCUAACUCGACGUGCUUCUCAGUCAUCCCUGGACAGUUCGCCGGCACCUGCGGGGGUUCGAUUGUAGUGGACUAAUAACAUAAAGCACAGUCUGUGAGACAACAGGACAACAAUAAGAGCCAGGCAGAAAAUGCGAUGAAAUAACACAAAGCUUUGUUCAAAUCUGACAAUCACUCCUGUGACUUUGUUUUUGUUUUCCUCUUCGUGGGUAGCCCGUGUUCUGCCAAAAUUUGUUUGUCCUAAAUGAAAUCGUUUAUUUCUCUCACUGUUUGUCGCGUGAGAUUUAGGGCUGUCUACACUAGCACGCGGGAAGCACCGCUUUAGGGAAAACAUAGAAAGCAGUGUGAUAUUCAGUCAAGUCUUCAUUGAAAUAUACGUUAGCUAGUUUUUAACAGAGCAUCAGAAUGUAUCAACCCAAAAACAAAGGUGACCUCUGACCAAGGGAUUGUGGGGCCUCAGUCGAGGCCCUAUCUAAACCCUGUUUGUACAGAAAGCGAAAGGUCAGGAACUUGAAAGAUGUAGGGCGUCCCCUGGGGAGGUUGUCUGGAAGGGCAGGGCCUUUCUUGGUGCCUAAACCUGGAGGACCCAAAGCCAUGGUCCAUUUCCUCCAAAACAGUUUUCAACGUAUGUGACAGCGAACGGAGGUUGCUCUCGUCGUUUAUUUCGCUUCUUUUUUUAAUGAAAAACAACAGGUUUGCGUUGUCCAGUGUACUGUGAAAAAGAUAGGAAACAUUAAAAAUUAAACCGAAGAUGAUGCAUCUGGAAAUCCACACAUUUCUUUGCAUAUUUUUAUUUACUUUUAUUAACUGAUACUAUUACAUUAUCCUAAAGUACGUUGCUAUACAUCAUCUUAUUCAGUGAAUUGAAUUCGAUUUUUAGAUGUUUACACUUAUCAUUCAAUGCUAUUAAAAAGUAGAUAUUCAGUUAAUGAAAAACACUAUGUACCAAGAUAAACAUAUUUGCGAACUUUGUUCAUUUUCCUAUUUAGGGUGUUUGGUAAAGGAAAUCUAUACAGUUAUGUUUUCAUCUGUUGAGUAUCUUUAUACAUAGAGUUUUUCAGACUCUAAACUAACUUUUUAACUUUGUUUGAUGCUAAGUGUUUGUGCAGACGUACAUUUGUCUUUUUGAUAUACUGUAUGUGGUAUACUGUAAAAGCAAAAGCCACUUUCAGCUUAUACUGUACCACUCUGAGGGAACACGACUGGCCCGAUCCCUUGCACAUACGUCUUUGUUUUGAAUAAAAAAUGCAAGCACAAAAGCUUGAUUUUAAUAUAUAUAUAUAAUAUAUAAUAUAAUCAAGCCAACUAGCUUGUUAAUUGCAUUUCCACUUUGUGUACAUGCCAGAAAACAAAGAAAAGAGUCAUGCAAAUUCAAGUUCCUCUUGUGUGUCUCUUUAUAUGUUGAAGUGACCAAUCCGAUUUUGCCAUCACAAGCAUAAACACCAAUCAUCUAUCAGGCCAAUGGUCCCUUUCUCCAGUGCGGCGGAGCAGCAUGACUUGGAUCAGUUCCCAGCUGCAUGCACAUUUUUGUAAAACAGACUACACAAAUGUUAAAAAGUAACAGAAAUAGAUAUGUGUUAGUUCAACAUACUGUAGGCCAGCUUGUAUGUUGCAUGUACCUGUACAGUUUGCUUGUACUUGAAUAUAAGAGAUAAUCCAAGAAAAGAAGCCAUUUGCUUUCACUCAGACUUUUCACAUCAGCUAAAAAACUAGUUAAUGUCCUCCAUUCGGGUGCUGAAUGUUGCAAAAUUAUCUUUUUCCCAAGUUUUUGAUUGCUUUUACGUCUUUUAUAUCCCUUAGGGGAAAUGUGCUGUACUGUAACACUGAACAAAAACUAACCUCCCUCAUGUUUUACAGAUUUUACCGUAUCAUAAUUUACCUCAAAACCACAGAAAUUUACUUAGAAAAUGUGUAUAAAUCCCAUCAAGUUAUUCAAGAGUAUACCGAUAUCAAAACAGGAACUGUCAAAAAUAUAUCAUACAUACAUACAUAAAAGUAUCCAUGUUCAAUAUAAAUGUAGAUGCACAGAGACUUAUUAGUGCAUGUGUUGUAAAUAUGAGAUGACCAUGUGGUUAAGCCAUAUUUGCAAAGGGGCCAAGGCUUACUUUUGAGAACAACCAUCCCAACACAAGGGACCGCUGAGCGGACACCUUUCUCAUCAUAUGGGUCCAAAUCUAGAGCUCUCACUGUCACUUUUAGAGGGCUGAACCACUCCGCUCUAAAGCUGUAGCCAGAUCGUCAUUUUCUCUGUGCUUUCGAGCCAAAUUCUUCACCUCUGCUAUCAGAAAAUGUUGAUUGUUUUUCUUCAUGAGAGACAGGUGUUUCUUUUACUUGAUCAGUAUUCUUGGGUAGAGGAGAAAAACAAUGCUGACUGUUUACAACUUCUAGUAUGUGUUCCACUGAGAUGAUGAAAAAGAAAAAGUAUUCACUGCAACAUUUCUGUUUGUAUACAGGUGUGGCUCAUAUGAUGUGUAUGUUUUAUAUUUAAAAAGAAAAAAUGAAAAAGUUCAUUUUUAUUAUUUCCAAAUAAUAAUAAAAAAAAGUGUGUGAAAGAAAUUUCAA